AUGAGUUCGAUACUAUUUACGGCAAAAUUUCCCCGACCUCCCAAAAAUGGUGACGAAAUUUUGAUACGCGGUAAGCUGCGAGAAAAUGCCCGCAAGUUUUCGGUGAAUUUCUGUCUGCCGCGACCCGCGGGAGUGUCGGAUCAGCAAUCGCCGACGUACAUUGCGUACCACUUCAAGACGAUAUACGACGACGAUGGCACGAGCACGGUGGUGCAAAACUGGAAAAACGUGAUAUGGGAUAAGGAGGACAUAGGGGAUAACAUUUGGCACACGGAUCGGAGCAAAGUUUUCACUGUGAUAUUCCGUCUGCACGAGGAUAAGAUAAAAGUAUUUGCCGAUCGCAUCGAUCACCUGCCAGACUACCAGUUUCCGCUGCGCCUGUCGUUGGAUGGAAUCAGCACGAUUGAGCUGUGGGACGAUGUGGACGUUGAGGAGAUUUCAUUCCGCUACGAUAACAAACCAUUCGAUUAAUCCCGCGAAGAAGCAAACGCACUGCUGCCUCGCUGCUUAUCCGUGUUUUGGGAUCCACGAGCCGAAUGAAUGUGCUUGUCCUUCGGUCACGCAUCGACCGUUCUCUAGUCUUCGAUUAAUUACCAGUAUUUUCUACUCUACUAAACGAGCACCAGCCAUACUUGCACCGAUGUGAGGAAGGAACUAAGCCUCGAUGAGAUCACUAUUUGCACCGUACGUAGAAUUACUCCGAGGCCACUUCAACGUUAUCGACGACGCACAACAAUCGGCACGAAAGGGGGAAUCCGCGGUGCAGUGGUGCUAGUAAACAUUAAGUAUUCUAAACCCCUCCUUAUCCGGUUGACACAUUGAUUUUGCAUUAUCAGCUGCAAUCAGCAACGACGCUCGUCGGAAGCUUAGCUUGUUUGGGUCAGAAGAUAGCAGAACCAAUCAUAACUUAAUAAAUUGUAAUGU